AUGACAGAGCAAAAGGGCGAGGAACAGACAACCGUCGAAGCGAACAAGCAAGAUGAUGUGAUGUCUCAAUUCUCCCCGCGUCGUCCCGUUGACAUUCCUCGGGGCAGGAAGAGAGCGAGCGGCCCCAAGUCGAACAAUGUACUGACUCUGAAGCAGCCGUACGGCACGUCAGCCCCUAAUUAG